GUAAAAUUACGACCCAAUUAGCUGCAAUUGAUCCCUCGCACCUGGUGACCUAGCUACAUUUCACAUGCACGACAACUCAUCCACACGUCUGAUCAUCAUUGACCGCCACGAAUUGUCACUGAGGGAUCAUCUAUCAUCCGAUUUUUGACUCGCUCUGUUCGCGACAUGUACGAAAACCAGGAUGACAUAGCGAGCAUCCUCCCCCAGCUAUUCGAGCAUUCUGAUAUCUUGAUAACCAAGCUCGCCCCGGAGCUCUUCCAAUCCAUCCAGAAUACACCUCUUGAAACCUCAGACCCCACCAACGCGCUCAUCGAACGCGCUAUCGCCAUCAUCCACGCGUGGGAUGCGCGUGAACAAGCCGAAUUCAUCGCCGCACAUCCGAGGAUCGGGGAAAUCAAACAGCUCUCUGCGUUAAGCGCUAAAGAGCAAAGCGGUGGCCUCUCCGCUACCACAAGGUUGGAGACACCCCCAGAGGUGCUGAAACGGCUAGAACACCUUAACGCAUGUUAUGAACGCGUGUACUCAGGACUAAGGUACAUCACGUUCGUGAACGGGAGAACUAGGGCCGCAAUCGCGAGGGAGAUGGAGGACAAGCUGCAGCUCGGACAUCCUUUGGAGAGCUAUCCGGAUGGGCUUCCGCUGAACGAGCCCAUGACAGAAAGCCUGAUCUGUAUCGCGAAGAACAGCGAGAACUGGUUACAUGAGCUGAAACGAGCGGUGGAUGAUGUAGGGAAGAUUGCUAAGAGUAGACAGAAGUCAUUGGGGUUGUGAUGACAUUGAGGUUGUAUCGAUUCGACAGACUGGAGUUCCAUCAAUAAAUGAAUAAACACGAACACGAACCGAAUAACGACUUGAAGGGAUCGCAAAAGGAAGCAAAGUAUAGAAGUACAACAGUAUCGCGAAUAAAAACUCCAGCGCUGGGAGAUAAAUAAAGCAACAUAGCUUCUAAAACGAACAAACUAUCCGUUGAGUUCGCCUCGCUAGAUGUGAGUCGUGUGUCGUUGUGGUAUUUGGCCUUUGUCCGCCAUCUCUUUCCACUGUCUGUAGUGCGGCCUGCCU